CUCAUGAGAGUGUAUCGAAAAUGAAAAUUUUGAAUCUGCGGGUUCGCGGAAGUUAAAAGGAAUUUGAAUUGUUUUAUUCGAAAGUAUUUUGGUAUUUAAGUCAAUAUUUAAAUUCAUUUUCAUCAAAUCAGUUAAUCCAAUAACGCCAUCGAAAAAGUCGUGAAAAUCGAAAAGGAUAAAAUCGAUUUCGUAAUCGAUACCAAACUCUGUAAGUAGGUAAAGCUAUAGUAGCUUCAAAUUGAGUGUUUUGGCUGCAUACGGCUGUUUUUAUAGUAUUUUGUGCAUUAUAAAUACAAUUCGAAAAAUAUUGUUCAGCAAUAAUAGGUUGUAACACUGAUCUAUUACUACCAGUGUCUAUUAAUAAUUUAAUAUUUAUAGAGUUAAUUUGCAAGUAAUGAAGGGGGUUAUACGAAGAUACGUUUAUUUCAAUUAAGUUGGGGUUUCUUCUUGACUGGUUUCGCAAAAAUUUUGGGAUACAUCUAAGUGUUGAUUGCUUUGAUUUUCUAAUUGACAUUGUAUUGAUUCAAAAUAUUCUUAAGGAAAAUUAUUUUCAAAACGCGGGUCAAAAUAAUCUAGCUUAUCCUCAGAAUCUUGGUUGCCGAAGUUCGUCACGUCAUUUGAAUGUAAUUCUUCAAAGACAAAGUUAUUUCGCGUGUUUGGGUUCGAUCGGAAAUAGUCGUUUUGGUUUCGAUAUUGGUCUCGUCUUAUGGAAGGUGUCCUAGACGUUGUCGACAUAGGUUCAGGUUUGGGCAAAUCGCGUGGGUUUGUUUCUCCGGGCUUAAAUACAUUUGUUGGUUUACCUAAAACUUGACUGUUGGUAAAGUAUUUUUGAGGGGGUAGCUGUCUGGGCCUUACGUCAACUGGGCCAGUUGGAAACAUUUUUUGUGGGGGCUUAAAGCAAUUUUGAUUAAAAGGUUGUUGUGCGGGGUUACUAAAUUGCUGAUUUGGAAAUUGAGCAAGAUUGGGUGGUACAAACGCAUUAUUGCUAAACGGUCUUUGAUAAAAAAUUUGAAGAUGUUGAUUUGUCGGUGCACUGUUUAAAUUUUGGAAGUUCGGUUUUUGAGAUUUAUAAGGCCCGUUCAGAGUCCCAUACAAUCUUUCAAAAUUUUCGAAUUCAUUUAUAUAUGCCAUGCAUAGUGUUUUUUAAGACGCCUGUGCACCCUGCGAUAAAUGAAUUUAGGGGGGUUUGAUCAUAAUGUUUAAUAUAUGAAAGCUUUUCUUCCGGUGUAUAUUUAGACUCGUUACUUAUACGCUGUGCAAUGUCGCUCCUUAAUAAUUGAAGUCUACUUCCAAAAUUUAUCAAGUGCUCAUUUUUAUUGGGCCUAGUCCUAACUAAUUCUUGGAUUAAACAAUUCAGAUCUCGGCGAUCGGAAAAACAUUGAGUCAAUGCGUCUUUCAAUGCUUUCCAAUCACUAAUUUCUGUUCGAUUACCUACUAGAACUGGGGCUCUGCCUACCAGUUUUUUCUGGAUACAUUCAAAAAUAUGUUUAUUUAAUUCCGAAUUUGCAAGGGAAGCGUAACUAUUAAUUAAGCUUUCGCAUCUGUUGAUAAACUUAUUUAAGGUAUUGCUAUCACUUUCGUAAGGUUGAAUGUUUUGCAAUUUUGAUUUAAAUAAAUUCCAAUUUACUUGGUCUGUCAUUUUUUCUGAUAUUUUCCUUUCACUAAAGGUUAGAUUUUUGAAAAUUUCACUAAUUUUAGAUUCUACGUCACUACUUAAUGCUUUGAAAUAUUCGCAGCUUGUUCCUGAUUCACAAUUUAACAUCAAAAAUUGAUCGAUUUAAAAAAAAAUGUUUUCCUAACUACUUGACGUCCGAUACGUCUUGCCUAAAUUCAUCCCUAUUAAAAGCCUUAACGGAGGAUCUUAAAGGGGCGAAAGGAAAAAAUCGCACUUACGGCUUUUCCUUCCCUGAUCCUUUGUUGCACUGCUUACGAGAGUCUUCUCUGGGUUCGUCAACAAGUUCUUUGGAUUGCGCUGUAGCGGUUGAAACCACUCCUCAGGGUAGCCUAAUUCGGUAACUUUUCCGCACAAUGCGACGUACACACACGAAUUGUCUCUGCUUAACCUUAAUUAACCUUACAUUUGACACCUACAUUAUUACAAAUUCCCUACGUAAGGAACUGUCCACCCACAAACUUCACGGCGAAUACAAAUACAAUUCCCGACUGCAAAGCGAUACCUACAAUCGAUAAUUAUAGAUCUCCUGAAAACGUUUUCCGAUUACCUAUACGCAAUCGAUGACAAGAUAUCCAGUAGCGGAACGAAUUUGUUUAUUUACGCUAAACCUUGUCAACUCCAAAUUUCGUCGACCGGCGCCUGUGGUAUUGAAAAUUUAUUUCGUUUAAUAAAAUAUUAAAUUUUAAAAAUUUGUGUACUUGCCUUUUUCCGUAUUGUAUGAAAGUUUUUUUAUGCAUGGAGCUUUCAUAUAAAAAUGCAACACUAAAAGAAAAAAAAAAUCUUUUAUUAUCGUCAGUUUUAAAUCAACUUUUAAUUUAUUAAUAUCUCAAAAGCUGCAACUGUUAUCCCAAAUAAACGAGAGAAAAAAAUAUGCAAAAUAUACACCCCUUUGAAGACAGUACAUUGAUUAAAUUUGGGGUGGUAAUGGUGCACUACUUGUUUCCGCCUGAAUGCCGCAUUUAUUUGCAAAAUUUCCAUGGAAAGCGUAAUGUGACGAGGUCAUUAUGCACAGCAAGUUCCGACUAGCCCUGUAUAAUUUAAUGAUAAUAACGAUGAGAAAUGAUCUACCUCCAUUUGUAGAAAACCUUGAAUCGCUUUUUGGGGAGACAUAUACUUUUACCCAGCGUGCGACGCCGCUGAUGAUCAACCCCCAAGUAAUAUAUAAAGGUGGCGAGUUUCACACCCCUUCAAUCAUGAAGAUUGACUAUUUCAAGCACGUCAGGAGACUGAUGAUGGUGAUCGGCAUCUGGAAAGUGGAAAGCCCAGACGAUUCGGUAUUCCGGAAACGGAUCUAUCAAGUCUACUCGGUGUCGUUCCAAUUAUUAUGUUAUUCGGUGGCUUUUUCGAUACUUGCCGAAAUACCAUCGUUAGCAAAGUCUGAAGUGAUGGCCUCCAUGGACAACGGCAAUAGAUUCACCGUGUUCAUGGUCAUAAUCAUCAAGAUGAUCGCCUGGCAAUCUAAAAGGAUGGUCUACCUGCUUGGCAUCAUGUUGGAACAACACGCGCAUAUACAGGCUGCCUCACUCGCCGAUUUCGCUAUCCGUAGGUUGUAUCAACAUCACGUGAGGUACAAUCACAAGUUUGUGUUCGUCCUUGUCUUUUCUGCGGUUAUCAUAUCGGUUACCAUCUCUGCUGUAGGAAUGACAACCUCAUAUCGAUUCAUCAAUUCGCCGGAAAAUGGAAAUAUUACCGAGAAAGAGCAGCCCGUCAGGUCCGAGUACCCUUUCGACACACAAAACCAUAACACGUUAGCCUUGGUGGAUCAAAAUCUCAGACCUAUGAUCGGUUGUUUUUGUAUCGGUGUCACUACCGCUUCGCUCAACUCGCCAGCGAUAUUCGUCAGAUUACAGUUAAAAGUGCUGCAGCACUACUUCGGGCACCUUCACCAGCCGCCGGAGGAAGCACUCGACAGCCUGAGGUUGUUGUGCGUGAGACAUCAACUCUUGAUAGAAUGUACUAUAGAGUUCAGCAAAUCGUCAAAACAUAUAGUUCUGCUGGAUUAUAGAGUGUCAUCGGUCACAUUCGCGGUGCCGAUCAUCCAGACUAUGAGUAGUUUCUUGAUACAGGGAAAAGAACUCACUGUCACCAUAUUAACGCUCACCAUUCUCCAGCUAAUCACCUUUGCGUGGAACUGCAACGAGAUUAUCGUGCAGGUAAGCACCGAGCUGGGGACAGCGCUUUAUAAAAGUGAGUGGUACGAUUAAGAUCGAGCUGCGAAAGUGUGGAUCCACAUAAUGAUGAUGCUGUGUCAGUCAGAGGCCUCUGUGUUUGCGUAUCGGCUGGUUGGGGGUAAUGGAUUUGGAAGCGGGAUUAUGGAUAAACAUACACAGUGAAAACUUUAUUGCUAACAAAAUAUAGUUUAAAACUUUCAGAGGUUGAAAUUGGGCUAAUCCUACACCUCGAUUAUCAGAAAAUGAUUGGCCCGUUUGUCUGCAAAUUAGGGAAGUAAAAUGAACGUCCUCACCACAGUACAAAUUAAUGCCCUAAAGUUAUUUUUUUUGUCAAAUUUUAACUCAAUAUAGCUAGUAAAGUAAAUGAUGGAAAUCAGUUAUUUAGGGUAGAAAAGUCGCGAAAAUGUAAUAAAAAAAAGAAGUAUCAAAUGUAUAUUUAAAUUUGGCCUCAAGAUCGCUUUUGAAACUUAAUUAAUAAAAAAAAAAUAAAAAUAAAUUACGAAAACCUCAAAAACCGAACAAACAGAAGAACAACGGUUAACGAAGAAGAAAUGCAUUUACCAACAUAAAACAGCUUAUAUAAAUAAAAGUUCAGAUUCUAACCAUGCCAUUCAUUUAAAUUUAGAAAUGUAAAAAGUUUGACGAUAAUUUAGAUAUUAUACAUAAUUAAUCAUUAAUCAAAAACUAAAUUUGUUAGAAGCCAUGGAGAUUUACAAAAUGAGAUAUUCGAAUCUAAUCUAAAUGUGUCUUCAUUGUUAAAUUAAAAACAAAAAUUUACUUUGCGUUACAUAUGUUAUAUUUGAUAAAGGCAGUGUGUUUUCGAAACAGCUGCCAUAAACCAAUAAAUAACUGUGAAAAACUCAAAAACCAGUCAAAAUUAUAAUUACAGAUUUAAUGACAGAUGAAAAUACCAACUAAAAAUUAUGAAUCCCCAACUAAUAAUAAUGAACCCCAUUUUCCAAAAUUAUAUUCUUUAAUUAAAUUACACAAACAGGAUAUGCCAAUUAGGCCUGUCGUUUCUCUUGUAACAGCACAUCUGUUAAACUUUCAACAAGAUUAAUAAACAAUUUGGAAUAUCAUAUUGGCUUUAAACCAGGUUAAAGACAUUAAAAUUUCUCCUAAGGCAAUUCCAGUUUGUUUUGACGCCCAAAAUCUAUUUCCUACCAAUCAUAAACAUAAUAGACAAUAUGCUUGACAGUUUAACAGUUUAAAUGAAACUCUUCACUGGCAUCUUGGAAGACUUGAAACACAAAUAAUAAACAUGAAUCUCUAGUCGAAAUCGAAUUUAAUAUACCAGCGUAUUUGUGCUUCAUCGAUCUGAACAAGGCAUUUGACAGAGUUCUUCUUUCCCAUGGCAUAGCACAGCAUGGUAUGAAUAGGGACUGCAAAGUUAAAAUCUCUAAGACCUGUAUCAGGCCGAUCACGACGUACGGAGAAGAGACCAACGAAACGAGGAUAAAACAUGAUGACCCUCCUGACUUAAAUGGGAAAAACAAGAUUUUACCGAACCAGAAAGACUAAUAUGAGGCAACAAUGUGUUGUGUAAGACUUCGUAAGGUGAAGAGGAAUACUCUCACGUAAAAAGGAUGAACUUGAAGGGAAACCAAACCAAAAUAUUUUGAUUAUUUUUCUGUCGUUUUGAUAAUUGUGAACUUCACAGGGCUGAACUGCUAUUCCACGGCACCGUGUAAAAAGCAAAUCACUAGAUCUGGCGAGCUAAAAGUGACUUCCUCCCCUGGUUUACUGUUCUUAAAUCUCAGGUGGUGCUUUGGAAUGAAAACUGAUUUUAGAUACACCGUCGAGUUCAGCGAAUCACUCAAAUACAUAGUGAUGAUAGAUUAUACACUUUGCUCGGCUACAUUCGCGAUGGUGAUCCUCCAGAUCACAGCGGUAAGUGCAACAAAUCAUAAUGGAGGUGAUUGUGAUCAAUCGUCGUAGCAGCAACUAGUAAGAUCAGGAUCAGGCUACGACAUAAUGAUGAUGCGGUGUCAGAGGCCUCUAAGGGUGCACAUCGGUUGGAUGGGGGUGAUGGAUCUGGAAGCGGCAAUGUCGGCGAAUAUUAAUGGGAAACAUGGAAACAGAGACUGAAGCUGGGUUAUAUAUACACCUCUAUCAUGAAGAACUAAUACUGGUUUCAUUCGGCUGUAACCAAACAAAUAUAGUACGGAUAUUGAGCGUAGAUAAUUACAUAUAUUUCUCAAGCAAACAAUUAACAUACAACAAAAUAGCACUGGAGUUUUAAUUUUUUUUUAAACAGCAGAGCAUAAGAGCAGUAUCUGUAACGAAUGACUAGUUCAACUUCCCCGGGAGAAAGAAGAAUGCAAUCAAAAUCAUAAAUUAAGAUUGGUUUAAAGCAAAGUGCCAGACACACUGGAAUUGAAUUACCAGGAAAUAAAUGAUAGAUACACAGGUAAUGUCUGUUACUUUACUGCAAGCAUGACAUACGGUCGAAAUUGGAACGUAAGAAACCCUCAGCUUUAUAUCAAGCCUAGUCAUUUCACGUAGAAGACAGCUCCAAGAGUCAUCGCAUUGAUUAUCUGGUGAUGGAUAUUAUUUUAUCAAGCAGUUUGUAGAUCCUGCAUGUGAACAAAAACUGAAUAAGAAUUGGUGUUUGUUAAGAAAGCAAUGACCCGUGAAAAUACUGCAAUGCUUAGCUUUUUUCUGGGUAGUCAGAACCUGAUAACUCAAUACCUACGCAGCUAGCAACAUCCGAUAGUUUUAGAAAUUGUUUCUGGAAAUUUUCCUUUAUUUGUGCUGCUUGAUUUCCUCUUUAAUGGACAUGCCGUUUAAUACAAUUAUUACCAAAACUUCUAGAUUCCUGUUGCUGUUGAAUUGAAUUUGCUGAAGUUUCGCCAGACAGACCUUAAUUGAAACUGGCUCGCAUUUCUGUACCUGUUUAUAUAUUGUUGGAGGAGCUAAAGGAGGGGCAUUAACAUUGUCUCGGAUGACUGAUUCCCAUAUUGGA